UCAUGUGACUCGUCUCUCUCCCUGUUGAGCAAAAAUAGAAGAUGGCGAUGGUAAACGGCAAUUUAAUGGGAUUAGAAGUCCCAAGAACUACAGUGGAAGCUACCCGAGAAAACUUCUUAGCAGCUAGCAGAAACUAUAACACUCAACCAAGAUUAACCUACAAGACUGUGUCUGGUGUGAAUGGUCCUCUCGUCAUUCUUGACCAAGUUAAGUUUCCAAAGUUUGCUGAAAUUGUUACUUUAACACUAGCUGAUGGGUCACAGAGAAGUGGACAGGUAUUGGAAGUCAGUGGGUCAAAGGCCGUUGUUCAGGUUUUUGAAGGCACAUCUGGUAUUGAUGCAAAAUUUACAACAUGUGAAUUUACUGGUGAUAUCUUACGCACACCUGUAUCUGAGGACAUGUUAGGUCGUGUUUUUAAUGGGUCUGGUAAAGCAAUUGACAAAGGACCCCCAGUUCUUGCUGAAGACUACCUGGAUAUUAUGGGCCAGCCAAUCAACCCCCAGUCUAGGAUCUACCCUGAAGAGAUGAUUCAGACAGGUAUCUCAGCCAUUGAUGUCAUGAACAGUAUUGCUCGAGGCCAGAAAAUUCCAAUCUUCUCUGCUGCUGGUCUUCCUCAUAAUGAUAUUGCUGCUCAGAUCUGUAGGCAGGCAGGUCUUGUGAAGCUUCCCACUAAAGAUGUCAUGGACUCCCACGAGGACAACUUUGCCAUUGUGUUUGCAGCUAUGGGUGUUAAUAUGGAAACAGCUAGGUUUUUCAAGCAGGACUUUGAGGAGAAUGGCUCUAUGGACAAUGUGUGCUUAUUCUUGAACCUCGCCAACGAUCCAACAAUUGAACGUAUCAUCACACCUCGUUUAGCUUUGACCUCAGCAGAAUUUCUAGCCUACCAAUGUGAAAAGCAUGUGUUGGUUAUCCUGACGGACAUGAGCUCCUAUGCUGAAGCCCUUCGUGAGGUAUCAGCUGCUCGUGAAGAAGUCCCAGGAAGGCGUGGUUUCCCUGGUUACAUGUACACCGAUUUAGCUACCAUUUACGAAAGAGCUGGAAGGGUUGAGGGCAGGAAUGGAUCAAUCACACAAAUUCCAAUUCUCACUAUGCCAAACGAUGACAUUACCCAUCCAAUUCCAGAUUUAACCGGUUACAUUACAGAAGGACAGAUCUACGUUGACAGGCAGUUACAUAAUCGUCAGAUUUAUCCACCAAUUAACGUUUUACCUUCGCUAUCACGUCUUAUGAAAUCUGCUAUUGGUGAAGGCAUGACAAGGAGAGACCAUUCUGACGUCUCAAAUCAAUUGUAUGCUAAUUACGCUAUUGGGAAAGAUGUGCAAGCAAUGAAGGCUGUGGUCGGUGAAGAAGCUCUUACACCGGAGGAUCUGCUGUACCUUGAAUUCUUGGGUAAAUUCGAAAAGAACUUCAUUGCACAAGGGUCAUAUGAAAAUAGAACAGUGUUUGAAUCUCUGGAUGUCGGCUGGCAGCUGCUCCGUAUAUUCCCGAAGGAAAUGCUCAAAAGAAUUCCACAGACAACACUUGCUGAAUUUUAUCCCAGAGAUGCUAAACAUUGAUGUAAUAAUAAUAAUUUAUUCAUUACUUAAUUUCAUAUGAAAUAAACAAAAACAAACAAGAGGAUGACAAUAAUUGUGUUGUGUUCAAGUUGAAUGGUGUAAUUAAUUUAACAUAACGACAUUAUUUUGGUAUGGUGGAUGUAACAGAACAAUAAUGUACUGGUAUUAAUAUAUUACAGUAGUACAUUGGUAAAAGGAGAAAAAGAAGAAAAAAAAAACAUGGGACUAUAAAUUGGGAUUUUUGUAUUCAUUUUAUGUUUGGUAUGUCAUCAGCAUGCAUUCCGUAAGAACUUGUUUUUGUUUUAUAUUAAAUCAACUCGAAAAAAUGGUGAAAUUCAGUGGUACUUAAUGUGCACACUGGAAGGUUCUAGAUCUUAAUGCUUGUACAGAACAUAGUGUUAUGUUCUUGCUAGAUUAUCAAAUUUUCUUUGGCAGAAAGAACUGUUGUUUCCCCUUAUAUAGUCAUGAUGUGCCUAUAUAUGGUUAUGAUGUGCCUAUAUAUGGUCAUGAUGUGAUGUCAUCAUGACCAUAUUUAGGCAUGCGACAUGUUUUUGUCAAAUGUAAUUUGAUAGUCUUGACUUGGCUUUCAUGAAAUUUUUAUAGCAACUGUCAUUUCAAUUUGGUACAGUACCUUCUGUCAACAGUGUGGUAUUGUUGUAUUGAUAUUGAUACUUGUGAAAUAGGAAGUAGAAAUGUCUUUAGGCAAUACUCUAUAUAAUUAUAAUGCUAUUGGCAUUAAACAGUGAUUGUUGUUAGAAUAUAUAUCAGAUAUUGGAAGCGUUUCUAGAAAACAAUAAUAUGUUAAGACUUAUAUGUCGCUUCAUGCCAACCAGGCAUCUAAGCGCUUCACAUUAUACUCAGUACGUUCCCAAAUACUUACGAAAACGUCGGGUAGGGCAUAACAUCACUCUUAUGUAGUAAAUGUACAAUCCAACAAAAUGUUGACGUGUAUGUCAUGGCUGGUGAAACUCAUUUGCGACACAUGAUCACUUGAAAACGGACUGUAAUAACACCAUCUGAAAAAAAAAAGUUAAUGGCUUAUAAGAAACGUUCUUGAUGUAGAGUCUUCAAAAUUACAAAAUGAUUAUUUCAAACUUUAAUUGUUUUUUCAUUGAUUUUGUAUUUUUCAUCGGACAAUACAUAUAUCGUGGAAGAUUGUUAUCGGCCAAUCAUUAAUGUUUGUACUAGUAAUGUUUAGAGACCAGGAUCUUAUUGCGAGUUAAAUUUAGAAAAAGAAGUCCGUGUUAAACAGUCUGUGACCUUUAUAAAUUCAAAGAUAUUCUUCAUUGUGGUUCUGUAAUAAAUGACACAGAGUACUAUGAUAUUUUAUAGCACUGCAAAUAUUAUUAGAAAAGAUUGAAUAUUGUAUCUGUGGUAGAAUGAUAUUAUAUAAAGAUUGUAAUCAUCUUUAUUGUGCAAGAGUCACUCUCUGAAAAUGUGCAAGUAUUGUUAGGUGAGCGCAUCAACAAUAUAAUUUUAUGAUGCCAAACCAGAACAUUGGAACUAAUGCCAAACCAUAGUUUCCUCUAAAUAUAGUAUAUAUUCUGUGAAACAAUACAUUAUGUAUGGAGUUGAAAUUAUAUAUUUAAGUGAGUUUUGUUAGUACAUGAACAAAUUAGUAUAUUUGUGAUAGGUUACAAAUGCCUAGGGGAAAUUAAAUUAAGCAAUAUUAUAUAAAUGAUUAGAUAAAGUGUUAUAUUAUUAAAAUUGUGGAUCUUGUGAAGUAAA